AUGCUCAGUUCGGUGUGUGUAUCCUCUUUCAAAGGGCGCAAGGGUGGGAACAAGUCGUCCAACAAAGCAUGUUACAGCGCAGACAUGACUUGUCCGUCGGAAAGCGAGAAAAUCGUGAUAAACUGCGGGGGGGUGCGGCAUGAGACGUACCGGAGCACCCUGAAGACGCUGCCGGGGACGCGCUUGUCGUGGCUCACCGAGCCGGACGCCUUCAGUAACUUUGACUACGACCCCAAGCUGGACGAGUUCUUCUUCGACCGCCACCCGUCGGUCUUCUCCUUCAUCCUCAACUACUACCGCACCGGCAAGCUGCACUGUCCCAACGACGUGUGCGGCCCCCUGUUCGAGGAGGAGCUGGCCUUCUGGGGCAUCGAUGAGACGGACGUGGAGGCGUGCUGCUGGAUGAACUACCGGCAGCACCGGGACGCCGAGGAGGCGCUGGACAGCUUCGAGACCCCGGAGCCGGACGCGCCGGACGACGACCCGGCUCUGGGGGGCGCCGACGGGGACCUGAAGAGACUGUGCCUGCAGGAGGACGCGCGGAGAGCCGGCUGGUGGAAAACCUGGCAACCUCGGAUAUGGGCUCUGUUUGAGGACCCCUACUCCUCCAAGUACGCCCGGUAUGUGGCUUUUAUUUCCCUCUUCUUCAUCCUCGUCUCUAUAUCUACUUUCUGCAUGGAGACGCACGAGGCCUUCAACACAAUCACAAACAAAACAGAAAACGUCACAACACCCAAUGGAACCCGCGAGGAGAUAGUAUACGAGGUGGUGACCGACAGCUGGUUGACGUAUGUGGAGGGUGUAUGCGUCAUUUGGUUCACCAUUGAGGUCUUGCUGCGAGUCAUCUUCUGUCCAGACAAGUUGGAAUUCUUCAAAAGUGCCCUCAACAUCAUCGACUUUGUCGCCAUCCUGCCCUUCUAUCUGGAGGUUGGCCUGAGUGGUCUGUCCUCCAAAGCUGCCAAGGAUGUUCUGGGGUUUCUUCGUGUUGUCCGAUUUGUCCGUAUCCUCCGAAUCUUCAAACUGACACGUCAUUUUGUGGGUCUCCGUGUCCUUGGUCACACCCUUCGCGCCAGCACCAACGAAUUCCUCCUGCUCAUCAUCUUCUUGGCUCUCGGUGUCCUCAUCUUUGCCACUAUGAUCUACUAUGCUGAGAGAAUUGGCGCUGAUCCAGAUGACCCAACAGCAAGUGCCCACACUAACUUCAAGAACAUCCCCAUUGGAUUUUGGUGGGCUGUUGUGACGAUGACCACAUUGGGUUAUGGUGAUAUGUACCCAGAGACGUGGUCAGGGAUGUUGGUGGGUGCGCUGUGUGCCUUGGCUGGUGUGCUAACCAUCGCUAUGCCUGUACCUGUCAUUGUCAACAACUUCGGCAUGUACUAUUCUCUGGCUAUGGCCAAACAGAAGCUGCCCAAAAAGAAGAAUAAACAUAUCCCUCGAGCACCGCAACCAGGGUCUCCAAACUACUGCAAGCCAGAUGCUUUGGCAAUGGCUACUGCCUCACCUCAAAGGAUCUUGGGAAAUGUCUUAGGUGGUGUAAUGGUGUCUGGAGGUAUAGGGGGUGACUGUCCUCUUGCCCAAGAAGAGAUUAUAGAAAUAAACAGAGAUUCCAAGCAGAACGGCGACGCAGCCUCGGCCGCCUUGGCUAACGAGGACUGCCCCACCAUCGACCAGGUGCUAAGCCCAGACGAGAGGAGCCCUAUUGGGCGAGGCCCCACUCGAGAACGCUACCAGCAGGACCGUGCCUGCUUCCUACUCAACACCAGGGAAUUCCGUGCCACAGAUGGGAAUGUGCGGAAAGUGUUAAGUUUCUAGCAUUCGCCUUCUCUUUUAUGAGGAGUCAGUAAGUGGUAAACAAAACUGUGGCUGGAGCCACAUUAGCAGCAGCCUCCUCGUGGACGGAGAUCUUUAAGAUGACAAGAGAGACCAGAGUUUAAUCAUGAGUAUAAAAAAUAUCACAUGGUCUGCUCCUCACAUCGUUACCAAAGCAGCCUCUCGGAAACGUCGACCCCACUUUUUCGACAACCAUCUGCCUGACCCUUCCCCCUCCCCUUAUAUUUUCUGCAAACUGACUGAGCAUUGCACUGACACACUUUUCGGAGGAAACAGGACUCCUUGUUACACAUUCCAGAUGACAUCUCUCGGACAUCAUUGUAAACGCCAUCUUGCUUACCGACCAAAUCAGCAUCGUCUGCAGUGCUGAGCAACUGAGCAACUUCACACAUUUCCGACGAAGACGAAGAAAAAUCAAAGAGAACACUUGUCUUCGCCUGGACUGAACGAACAAUGUAGCAUCUCUGCUAACGCAUUGUAGCAUCUGUUGGCUGGGAAAUAACUUGACUUAAUCCAUCAACAGUGCAACGUGAGAGAAAUUUAUGCAUUCAAGGGACCUUCUAGAUGUCACUCUUGGGUUUCUUUCCAGUGAAGAGGAAACUAAAUUGUAGAGGGAACACAUGAGAGACAAAUAAUUUGUCUUAUUCAUGACAAAAAAAACAAACAAACAUCCAAAAAGAAGUCAAAGAGAGAUGCACAAAUAUUAGAUCAAUCACAAAUGCACAGUAUUUAACAGCACCUCCCCCAAUCGUCCCUUGUUAAAGUCUUAGCACUUGUGUAGUCUUCCAUUAACUUCUAUCAGAGUGAAACACUGCCCUCCUCACCACUACUGAGAUCAAUAAAACAGCAGCUGAACAAACGAAGCACAUGUAGCAUUAGCUCAACCAUUCAAACCAACCUGAAAAUGGUUUCAGUCACAAACUAGUGGAACAAGACCUACCUUUCUCUCCCAUGUAUGUGAGCUUGCACGAAAAUCUGUGUUGGGUAGCCAAGGUCCUUUAGCAUGCACUUGCUAAACGACCCUCUGUAAACGUGUUGUAGAUUAGUAGAGAUAUUCAAUAUAGAGUGAGGUUUCUGCUCCCGCUUAUGCUAACAGACAUUCUCAGUCCUUUAACUGCCACUAGCAUCCGGUGCCUGAAAGCCCAUGUAAAUAUUUCCCCUGUCUGACUGAUGCAGUCAUGAGGAGACAAUGUACUGACUCAAAGAGUCAAAACAAGUACUCAAACACUGAGAGUCAAGAGGUAUUGGCUGCCCAUUCAGAAAUCACAACAAAAUACAAAGAUUAUGUGUUUAAUUAGCUGUGGGUUUAUGCUGUUGUUUUAAAAAGGGACCAAUCUGAUUCAUAUGUCCAACACUGCCAAAAACGGCACAAAACUUCCCUGAACGCAUUGUGCCCUGUCUCUCUCUUGUCCCUCUUGCUGCCAACUGCUUCACUGGCGAGUCAAUAUCAAGAUGAAGAUCAGGGGGUGUCCUUAACGGGGUAAAUGAGAAGGAAUUUGAUCAAGAGUAAGAGCAAGCGUGGACAUGUACAAAGAGAACAAAUCUAUAUUUUGAUAAACAAAUCUAAAACGCUUCAUGACUUUGGAGGAUGUUCCUGCGCGGGAUGAGUCGAGCAAGAAAAAAAAAAAAAAUCAUGCAAAGAAAAUAUUUUGCCAUCGUGAAAUGGAGUCCCAGAAAACAGAAAAGUAUUCCUUCACGACGGGUGUUCAAACGUGUUUACCCUGCACAGGCACUGAGAAAAUGUUUUUUGAAAGACAAUUAGCAAUGACAGACUCUCGCCUAUGACAAAAAUAACGACGACAAACGAUGGACACUGCGAUUAAUUUAAAAAAAAAAAAGUAAAAUAAAUGCAUUUUUGUAUCUUUGUUUACCAGCAUGACUACUUUGCAUGACUGUCUUUUCUGCAAGCCCUUAGUUGAAGACAAGGGUGCUAGAGAUACAAAAAAUAUAUAUAAAAUAAAUUUAAAAAAAUGUUAUAUGCAAUUAAUGUUUAAAAAAAAAA